AUGAUGAACGGCCGGGCGGCGCUCGUUUGGCCCCGGGAAUUGGAUUCUCCUUGGCGCGGGAGGUGCAACCGGCGGUUGGGUGCGGUGAUGGGAGGGGUGGAGAAGGGCGAGUCGGUAGUGAAAGGAAGAAGUGGAAAAAAAGGAAGAAGGGGACAUGCGGAGGCCGAGCGCCGCGCGGCGGCUGUAGCAGGCGCCAUGUUCCAGUCGGGCGCGGCCGCGGGCGGCGGCGGCGGCGGAGGUCGCGGUGCCGGCGGCGGCGGCGGCGGAGCCGGGUCGGCCGGGCGGGAGGGCGCUCACGGCGCCGGCGCCGACGCCGGAGCCUCAGGGUGCGGCGGCGGGAGCGGGGGCGCGGCGGGCGCGGGCGGGGCAGCCGCGCCGGGGGUGCUAACCUGCAACCCCACCCCGGGCCACACCCGGUGUACGUGCCGUCGCCCC